CAAAGCGAGGAAUGGAGGACCAGACCUCUGACCAGAACCCGGAGCAGCGGAGCAACAAGGUCCUCAGAAGACAAGCAGCAGGCUCGGACUCUGAUACCACCGAUGUUCAGAAUCCAGAGUGAGUCCAGCAGCCACAGAGGAGAGCUGCUGGAUUUCAGAGACAAAGAGAGGAAUGGAGGACCAGACCUCCGACCAGAACCCGGAGCAGCGGAGCAACAAGGUCCCCAGAAGACAAGCAGCAGGCUCGGACUCUGAUACCACCGAUGUUCAGAAACGGAGAGGAAGAGAGAGACUCAAACAUCACAACUGUCAGCACUGUGACAAAUCCUUCACAAGAUCAACGUCUUUAAAGAUUCAUCAGAGAGUUCACACUGGAGAGAAUCUGCACAGCUGUGAUCAAUGUGGGGCAGCUUUCACACAACAGAGUCACCUAAAAACACAUCAACGCCUUCACACUGGAGAGAAGCCGUACAACUGUGAUCAGUGUGGGGCAGCUUUCACACACCAGGGUCACCUAAAAACACAUCAACGCAUUCACACUGGAGACAAACCUCACAGCUGUGAUAUAUGUGAGAAAGCUUUCACCACUAAAAGAGAAGUUGAAGUCCACCGACUUGUUCACACUGGAGUGAAACCGUACUGGUGUGAUCGAUGUGGGAAGACUUUUUGUAAUAGUGGUAACCUUAAAAUACACCAGCGCGUUCACACUGGAGAGAAGCCAUAUUGGUGUGAACAAUGUGGGAAAACGUUUUCUAAUAGUGAUAACCUUAAAAGACACCAGCGCAUUCACACUACAGAAAGCAAAAACGCUGAUGAUGUAAUACAAAUGGCCAGAGUGAGUCCACACACAACAGAGCAAGCAGCCACAGAGGAGAGCUGCUGGAUUUCAGAGACAAAGAGAGGAAUGGAGGACCAGACCUCCGACCAGAACCCGGAGCAGCGGAGCAACAAGGUCCCCAGAAGACAAGCAGCAGGCUCGGACUCUGAUACCACCGAUGUUCAGAAACGGAGAGGAAGAGAGGGAACUGGACGUCACCGCUGUCAGCACUGUGACAAAUCCUACGCAACCUCAAAUUACUUAAAGGUUCAUCAGAGAGUUCACGCCGGAGGGAAACUGUACAGCUGUGACCAAUGUGGGGCAACUUACAUACAACAGAGUAACCUCAAAAAACACCAACGCAUUCACACUGGAGAGAAGCCGCACAGCUGUGACCAAUGUGGGGCAACUUACGCACAGUGGAGUAACCUCAAAAACCACCAACGCAUUCACAUUGGAGAGAAACCGUACAGCUGUGAUCAAUGUGGGGCAGCGUUUGCCUCUCAAAGAAGGCUAGUAAUACACCGACGCAUUCACAGUAGAGAGAAGCCUUACUGGCGUGAACAAUGUGGGAAAACUUUUUCUACGAGUGACCACCUACAACUCCAUCGACGUGUUCACACUGGAGAGAAGCCAUAUUGCUGUGAACAAUGUGGAAAAUCCUUCACAAGAUCAUCGUAUUUAAAGAUUCAUCAGAGAGUUCACACUGGAGAGAAUCUGCACAGCUGUGAUCAAUGUGGGGCAGCUUUCACACAACAGAGUUCCCUUAAAAUACAUCAAAGCCUUCACACUGGAGAGAAGCUGUACAGCUGUGAUCAAUGUGAGAAAACCUUUUCAAGGAGUGAUCAUCUUAAACAACACCACCAGUACAUUCACACUGGAGAGAAGCUGUACAGCUGUGAUCAAUGUGAGAAAACCUUUUCAAGGAGUGAUCAUCUUAAACGACACUACCAGUACAUUCACACUGGAGAGAAACUGUACAGCUGUGAUCAGUGUGGGACAGCUUUCACAACAGGGAGUGACCUAAAAAAACACCAGCGCAUUCACACUGGUGAGAAGCCGUACAGCUGUAAUCAAUGUGGGAAAACCUUUUCUCGGAGUGAUUCUCUUAAACAGCACCAUCGCAUUCACACUGGUGAGAAGCCGUACAGCUGUGGACAGUGUGGGAAAACUUUCAGCUGUCAGAGUCAACUACAAUCCCAUCGACGUGUUCACACUGGAGAGAAGCCGUACAGCUGUGAACAGUGUGGGAAAACUUUUUCCCGGAGUGAUUCUCUUAAACAACACCAACGCAUUCACACUGGAGAGAAGCCGUACAGCUGUGAUUUGUGUGAGAAAGCUUUCACCAAUCAGAGUCACCUACGAUCCCAUCGACGUGUUCACACUGGAGAGAAGCCGUACUGGUGUGAACAAUGUGGGAAAACUUUUUGUCAGAGUGGCCAACUAGAACUCCACCGACGCGUUCACACAGGAGAGAAGCCAUACUGGUGUGAACAAUGUGGGAAAAUGUUUUCUCAGAGUAGUAGCCUUAAAUCUCACCAGUGCAGUCACGCUGGACUCAAACGUCACCACUGUCAGCACUGUGACAAAUCCUUUACAAGAUCAUGGUAUUUAAAGAUUCAUCAGAGAGUUCACACUGGAGAGAAGCCGUACAGCUGUGAUCAAUGUGGGGCAGCUUUCACACGACAGAGUAUCCUAAAAACACAUCAACGCAUUCACACUGGAGAGAAGCCGUACAGCUGUGAUCAAUGUGGGGCUGCUUUCUCACAACCGAGUCACCUAAAAACACAUCAACAGAGUCACACUGGAGAGAAGCCGUACAGCUGUGAUCAAUGUGGGGCUGUUUUCACACGACAGAGUCACCUAGAAAUACAUCAACGCAUUCAUACUGGAGAAAAUCUGCACAGCUGUGAUCAAUGUGGGGCAGCUUUCACACGACAGAGUCACCUUCAAUGUCACCAACGUAUUCAUACUGGAGAGAAGCCAUACAGCUGUGAACAAUGUGGGAAAACGUUUUCUCAGAGUAGUGCCCUUAAAUCUCACCAACGUGUUCACACUGGAGAGAAGCCGUACAGCUGUGAACAAUGUGGGAAAACGUUUUCUCAGAGAGGUAGCCUUAAAUCUCACCAGUGCCUUCACACUUCAUUGUGA